AUUCUGUUUCCCCACCAUGGAUCCAGUCCUCACCCCCAUCACCCAGUUGCUCUUGGCUGAGGGAUUCCCCCUUCACUUCUCUUUCAAAGCAUCAUUUAGUAACGCAGAAUGGCAUCCAUGUUCCACCCCAGAGGUGGCUGCUUUUCAGCGAUGAAGAUCACCUUAGGAUUCUCAUACGUGAACAUGUUGGUGUUUGAAUCAUAGGAUUAUAUUGGCCUCACAAUGAAGCUGUGUUAAUGUUGUGUUGAGGUGAGGCUACAGCAAUGGACCAACUGGUGGGAUUUGGCUUGGUAGCCUUUAGCCUCCUUCUUUUUGUUUACUACACCAUCUGGAUUAUUAUACUGCCCUUCAUUGACAGCGAUCACGGGAUUCAUAAGUUCUUCUUGCCCAGGGAGUAUUCGGUUACCAUUCCUGUGAUCGCAGGGCUCCUUCUGGUGCUGUUUGUAGGGGUGUUUAUAGUGAUUGUGAUGUGGAAGAACAGAAAACCUGCAAAGAAAUCAGACUGAAGACAGCAGGAUGGGAGAGGCAGGGAGAAGGUGCCUGGCCUGGAGCGUCUCAACAGGGACAAGACUUUCACCUGCAGAAACAAGAGGACACUCCGCUCUAAGACUCUGUCACAUGCUUCAAUGGAUGUUGGACUUUGCUGCACCCUCUUUCCGUGAUCCCUACCCUGAGACUCGUAUGCAGCUAUAGUUUACAAUUUACUGCCCAAAGGGAAGUGAAACUGUCUGACCCACAGGAUUCCUCUAGCGAGGGACCAGAACACCAGCCCUGCUGAACCUGUACCCAGGUUAGGGAUAAUCUUGGCAGACGGGUGGCUUUGGACUCUACAGUCCUUGCACUGUACUAAGGUGAUGCUGUUCUGGCACCAGGCAGUGCUAGUGAGCAAAGGGCUCAGACUUGAAUGACUUUCCUCCUCUCUGCUGCAGACAUCUCCUUUACUUGGUUUGUUUCUUUCAUUUUUUAACUGGUUACUUUAGUACUUUUUAUAGUGGAUCCAAUAUGUGAAAAAACAAAACCAUGGAUAAAAAAGUGCUCCUGUCUCAGGCUCAGGGGGCAGGUUGGGGAGAGAUCCCCCUCCUCACUUACCUACUAGAGGAGUGGUGAACCAUCAGCAUCUUGUAUGAAUAGUGUUACUGCCGACGGAUCACAUUCCACUCCAGUCCACCUGCUCUUAUACACACACAGGCUGUCUGUUCUGUCUUAGUCAGGGGAAAGGUGGCCUCUCCACCGUGCAUUGCAUGGUACGGGGAUGCCACGAGCUUCAUUACCUCCUCUGCAAGGAGGCUAUAAAGAGGUGAGGUCCUCUGCUGUUGUGCAGAAGAUGCACCACUGUUCUCCAUGCUGUUCUAUUAUCCGCAGUGUGUGUGCAUUGAAGGGGCUGGAGAAGAAAGUCCUGCUCUGCUGAACAGCAACUGGGGAAGAAGGGGAGAGGGGCUCAGAUACUGUCCUGAUAAAUGUGGUAUUAAUACUGGUCCAGUGAAGCCACUGGCUCUGCUUUAUACUUAUGAACAACUUUCCACAUUCCUGGUUAGCAUAGGACUGUGAGAGGGAAGAUCAUGCAAGGUGCCUGGAGCUGUGCUCUUUCUGCGCCAGGCAGGGCUGAAGCAGCAAGGUGUUUUCACGCCUUAGCAGGCUGACUUGCUUCAAACCCUGGAGGUAGAGUCCUGGCAGCUCUGUUUGAAUGUGAAGAACUGGAGUCUCAAUAAAUAUUAUGCAGUAUCUCGGUCUAUGUUCUUCCACUGCUCCAGAGGGGGGUGGGGGGUGAGUGAGUGAAGUGACAUUAUGGGAAGCAAACCUUGCCACCAGAUCAAUGAAUCAGAAAACAGCCUGCAUGUAACCGUAGGAGCACUGUGCAGCCUCUGUGAAAGCCCUGCUGGGGAGUGACCGGUUCUCGCUCCUGUCCUCAUUCUGCUGUUGCUGUUGAGUCCUGUAUUAUACCAUGAUCUGCUGCAUGCUAGAGAGCUGGGUACGUGACAUGGAGAGCCCUCUGGAGCAGGGUGAUCAGGCAUGAUGCCAAGGGGCAGCAUGUUGGGGAUGGGGGUGCAGAUUUGUAGUUUCUCUAGGAUAAAUCAUGGGUUGGUCUGUUAAGGCGCAGAGAUACCAUAACCAAGGCUCGGGUUCAGCGGUUUAGAUGCUUCGUGGCAUCUCUGAUUUUCCUGACCGGUCUGCUAACGCUCAGCACUGGAACGCCAUCAAAGCUGGGUUCUUGUUCCAGCAGCAAUGGUAAGGACUGCAUGGUGCCAUUUUCUCUGCCUAUGAGGGGCCUGCUGCCAGGAGCAGAUGCUAGCACAACUCCGGGGAGCCUUUCUGCAGCAUCACGCCAGAGCCUGUCAAAGAAUUAACCAGCCAAGAAGCAAACCUGAUAACAGCAUCUUAGACAAAUGGUAAAAGAAUAGAGUGGGGGCCAGG